AAACAAAUAUGGCGCCAGUAUCCAUCAAAUUUGUUGUUUCAUUUUCUUCACAGGAUGAUCAUCACAAGGUGCAGAAUCUUGUCGGAGGUGAUGGUUUUAAGAAAUGGUUGUCUCACCCUAAAGAAAAGUCAGGACAGAUACAGGCAAUCUUUCAGCUGGAGGAACCCAGUCAAUUUGCCUACAUUGAUAUUGGCAGUCAGUGGUGUGGAAGCAUUGAGAUCAAAGUGGGUAAUUCUGACUGGCCCCAGAACAGGCUGUACAGGACACUGGUCCCUACUUCAAGUCUGAUGACUCCAGUGGAGUGCAAGAUGGGGCAGGGGAGUGUCAAGACUAGGAUGUUCUCUGCAGAGAACUUUGCACCUGAAGUAGCGGCCCAAAAGUGGGAUCGAAUCCAGGUGAUUUGUCGGCAGCCUUAUCGUAAAGAUGUUCAAUAUGGCCUCUCAUUUGUGAGAAUCAGAGCAGUGGGAAGCAAGAUCAGACCAUCGGAAGGGAACGAGGGUGGUCAUUGUUUGGAGUUACAAGAUAAAACAAAUUCAGUGGCAUCAAUUCAGAAACACUUCUUUGGAUCGUCAUUAAACAAACACAGUGCUUCCCCCGAUGCUGUAAAGUCCCGACUGAUGAAACUGGCUGGGUCCUCCGAUGGUGGGGUGGAACUAGACGGGGCGUUGUCCAGAACAGCCAAGCUUGUAUUGGCAGCAUCGGAGAAUGCUGGCAAAUACAGCCCGCAAGUCAGAGCUGGCCCAGGCAAAUCUGCCAAGAUUUCACUUUUCUCUGAGCAUCUAAUGCAGAAAUAUGGAUCAACUUUUGAAGAAGAAUUGUGUGAGUUCUUAAGCUCAAUCCAAAUGGAAAACAUUGAUUUGGACAAGGUGACUAUCGCAGAUUUGCGCCACAAGUUUGAAAAAAAGAAGAAAAGAAAGCUGAGUCAAGACGAAAAGAAAAUAUUCAUGCAGCAGUGUGGAGACCAUAUCUGUAGCUUGUUCGACGCAGCUGAGACAAAGAAUAACCCAACAGAGUUGUCUCCCCUUGCAUCUUCCUCACGCUCUCAAGAGGUGGCAGAUUCUCAUUCUUUUUCACCCAAAAGCUACAAAAAAUCAACUGAAAAGACACAUACAACACCAUCAGGUUGUAAAAGAAAGCUUGAGAAUGAAAAUGAAUUUUCUCGGACACCAAAAAGUCUUCGGACACAGGGGUAUAAAUCAAACUUAAGCACUCCCAUUUCGUCCAAAUCAACAUUACUACCCCAAACAAGUCUUAUUUCCCAAAUUCAAAAGACAUUUCAGCAAGAAGACGACCUGGGCAAUGACUAUUCUCGCAAAAGGUUUCCAUUUGCCUCAAAAGCUGUUAAUAUGGGUGCUGUUGCUGUUGAUACACACGGAACUCCGAAAACUAGGAAGAGAAGUCGGAAUGUUAAAGAACUCGAGGUUGACCGAGCCGAUACUUGUGAUCAGUGGUUGUCUAAAGGCAAGGGCAUGGUCAGUGCUAAUGACAGGUUAGUGGGGACAACUUCUACACAAGCUGGUUCUAAUCCCGGUACACCAAAACCCUCGGGGUCAACAAGGACAAAAACACCAAGGCAGUCUGCAACAUUUGGAACUGUAGGGAGUCGAAAAAUAAAUGAAGAAAAUAUGUCUAGGCGGUCGAACCAAGGCUCAGGAUAUGGUGGUUACGUCAGCUGUCCAUCAUGCAGAGGUAAUGUUCCGGAACACAUAUUUCCCCAGCACUCCCGGACCUGCAAUGUGGGACAAGAGUUGUCUGCUGCUGCCUCUUCAUCCUCCAGCAGAGUCACACAGCCAGAUGAAGAUGAUGUGUACACUGUUGAAGAUGACAGUGCCGACUCCGAUGUUAUCUCAACACAUGAUGCAGAGAGUUUUGUGGAGUGUCCCCUGUGUGGAGACCUGUUCCCAUCAGAUGUUAUAACAGUUCAUGCUGAUGUGUGCGCAACUGCCAUGGAGUUUUCGUGAUGUGAUAACUGGUGUUGGAUAUAUGCCGUAUACCAUAGCAAGCUGUGAUAUGUCAUUUAGAUAUCAUUCAAUGGUUUUCUUACAUGAAAUAUUUUGAUUAUUGUUUCUGAAUUAUUGUCGAUAGCAUCCCAGCAAUAGGUGUAUAACCGAAAAUGUGCUUAUACUGUAAUCUUAAAGUUUAUAAAUAAUUAUGUGUAUGCAGUA